UGCAGCCAAUCAGAGAAGCCAUUUUUGCCAGUAAAGAAGUAACAGCUCUUGUCUCACUCAUCUCUUACCCCACUGGAGGAUUUGUAUUUCUACACCGUUCACAUACCUUAAAUGAGGAUAGGUCCCAAAUAACACCAUUGCUGAUCCAGACUAAGCUGAAGUGCUCUUUGUCAGAUUUCGCUGCCCAGAUAGUACCACAACUAAAGCAGCAUUUUUAGGGACAAACAGCAUUGCUGACGGGCCCCAUAGCUAUUGAAUGAAAGUACGGGUUAUCCUCUGGGCCGUACCUAUCCCUGUGAUGGACUAGCAUCUGGGGUCCCUUUGUUGGAUGCUUUACAGUCAAUGGUGUCUCAACUUUAGCCAAGAAAACGUAGGUGAGGGACUUUUCUUGCUGCCAAGGACUGCCCCCACGAGGAUCUUAGGGGGUGCACACUUAAAUUGGAACCCUGCCAGAUAAAGCCAAUUCUAGAGUCUGAAGUUCCCAGUAACCGUUAAUUAGUCAGUCAAGUCAAAAUCUAGUCUAAGUCUUCAGUCAGCUUCAGCAUCAGACAAGUCAAGUCUGGAACCAAUAGUCCUGGCUCCGGAUCACCAGCUCCACACCGGGGACAUCACCUCUAUCUGGCCGGUGUCGUGUCGUCACCAUGCCCAGCGCUUCCAACCUGACAGCCGCGCUGCUCCUCAUCCUGCUGCUGCUGGCGGCUGCGGAGAUCUCGCAUGGCAGAGUGAUGUUACAGGCCAGUGAAGCGGCACAGUUCCUUCGCCCCAGGCUGAAGAGGGCUAACUAUUUUAUGGAAGAGACCAAGCAAGGCCACUUGGAGCGGGAGUGUGUAGAGGAGAAGUGCAGUAAAGAAGAGGCCAGGGAGGUUUUUGAAAAUGAUCCUGAAACUGAAUACUUUUAUCCCCGAUACCUAAAAUGUAUUGAAAAUUAUUCGUUUCUAGACAGAAGAGGUCCAGACCUAUCUACGUGUAUCCACAAUUCACGGAAUCAGUGUUCUUUAAACCCAUGUUAUGAACUUGGCUCCAGCACGUGUGUGGAUUUGGAAGGAGACUUCUUCUGUCGCUGCAAGAAAGGAUGGAUGGGAAAAAUAUGUAGCACUGAUAUUGAUGAAUGUAGAUUAUCACCGGACAUCUGUGGAACGGCAAAGUGCAAGAACAUGAAAAGUACUUAUACUUGUCUCUGUGAAGAGGGUUUCUUAUAUGACAUAUCAACUAAAAGUUGUCAAGAUAUUGAUGAAUGUAGAUUAUCACCGGACAUCUGUGGAACGGCAAAGUGCAAGAACGUGCCAAGUACUUAUACUUGUCUCUGUGAAGAGGGUUUCUUAUAUGACAUAUCAACUAAAAGUUGUCAAGAUAUAAAUGAAUGUGAAGAGAAGCGUUGCGAACAGACAUGUGUUAAUAUACCUGGAAGCUAUUCAUGUCAUUGCGAUGGACAUGGAGGAGUAAAAUUAUCACAUGAUAUGAGAACUUGUGAGGACAUAAUGCCAUGUGUUCCUUUUGCAAUGGAGAAGAGCAUAAAGUCUUUGUACCUUGGCAGAAUGUUCAGUGGGACACCGGUCAUCAAGCUUAGAUUUAAAAGAAAGCAGCCGACAAGACUUGUGGCAGAAUUCGACUUUCGAACGUUUGAUCCUGAAGGUGUCCUUUUCUUUGCUGGUGGCCAUCAGGAAAGCUCAUGGAUAGUUCUAACCCUGCGAAAUGGGAGGCUUGAGCUGCAACUUAAAUAUAAUGGAAUAGGACGAGUGACAAGCAGUGGACCAAUAUUAAACCAUGGUAUUUGGCAAACAAUUUCUGUUGAAGAACUUGAUCGAAAUUUGGUGAUAAAAGUCAAUAAAGAUGCAGUCAUGAAAAUAGCAGUGGCUGGUGAUCUUUUUACAUUUGACAAAGGGUUGUACCAGUUAAAUUUAACAGUAGGAGGAAUUCCCUUUAAAAGUAGCGACCUGAUUCAGCCAAUGAACCCUCGUAUGGAUGGCUGUAUGAGGAGUUGGAACUGGCUAAAUGGAGAAGACACAUCUAUACAGGAGACUGUGCAAAGGACAGAGAAGAUGCAGUGCUUUAUGGUUGCUGGUAGAGGAUCUUUUUACCCAGGCAGAGGAUAUGCCAUUUUCUUCAUUGAUUAUAUGCUUUUAUCUAAUGAAGAGCAAUAUGAGUCAAACUGGAGUAUAGAGGUCAGUGCAGAGAUAAAUCCAGCAACAGAUACCGGCGUGCUCUUUGCUCUUGUGUCAGAAGAUAAGGAAGUUCCUCUGUCACUUGCACUUGUUGAUUAUCAUUCUACUACAAAAGUGAAACGGCAGUUCAUCAUCUUGUCUGUGAAAAACACUGUGGUGUGUCGGCUAGAAGUAAAUGUCUGUGAUAAAGAGCACUCAGUGGAGAUAUCUGCCAGCAAAAAUCACAUACAGCUUUCCUUUGAUGGGACCCUUGGAGAAGUAGAAUUGUUUGAAUCAGAACUAAAGAACAUUCUUUUCACCUUAAAUGACCACAUGCAACAGGGAGUGAAGACUUAUAUAGGAGGGUUGCCAGAUGUGGAAGUCACUCGCACACCAGUCACUGCAUUCUACCAUGGCUGCAUGACCAUCAAGGUUCACCAAGAGACCCUGGACUUGGAUGAGGCUGUUCACAAACAUAAUGAUAUUACUUCCCACUCAUGCCCACCUAUUAAGUCUGUCAAAUAGUUACAUCACACUUUUUUUUUUUUUUUUUUUAAACCAAGUAUCCUUUUUUUAAAUUUUUUUAAUACAUGUAUAAAUUAUUCUGCAGUAUUGUGUGUAUAGUUUCAUAAAACACUGAAAUUAUGUAGAACCUACUGAUUUUUAUGUGGCGUCAUGAGAUUGAAAAAUUCCUUUGUUGGUUGAUUGUAAUAUAUUGUAAAUAUUUCAAAAGACUAAUGUUAAUUACCAAAACCUGUGCCGAAAAAGUCCUUCUGGAGACUUAUUAUCAACUAAAAAUGUGGUAAUGUUGUGGAAGAGAGAUGCAAAACUGGAAAUGUAUUAUAUUUUUAAUAGCAAACACUGCUUUUUAAUUAACAAUUUACAAGUUAAAAUAAAAAAAUAAAAAAUAAAU